UCUUAGACUAGUGAGGUGACCCCAGCUUCAGAAGAUGACCUUUUGUAGAAGUGCUGCUUUGCGUCUUCUUUGUUGAACAAGAAAGCAGAAGUCCGCUUUGAAAUUGUGAUCGUGGCGCUUGCACACCCCGCGCAUCCUGUGUCUGCUUCAUCUGGCUCUGAUCCAUCAAAGUACCGCAAUGGCUACUCAAGAUGCAGGCACUGCUACGUCGCACCACAAACCCACAAACAUUGCAAAGGAUACUCCGCAUCCUGAGCUAAAGGAGCACGGCAAGUCGCCUGGGAGCUUUCUGCAUCAGCGGGGCCAUGCAACAGGGUUCAACAGGUAUUUCAGUGCCAGGUUGCUGCCUAUGUAUCCCAUGAUAGCUGCUGUGGGGCUGGGAAUAGGCUUGGCAGGGUACACGAUGUAUCAUGCUCUCAUUGUGAGCCCUGAAGUACAUGUUUUCAAGGACCGCCGGAGUGGUGUGCCUGAGCUGGAGGACGCUGAGGCGAUGCACAAAAGGGGUGUGGCAUACAAGCAUGCUUAUCCCUUGAGGAGCGGUGCCAAGGCUGACAACGCUGUGGUCCAGAACCUCCACGCUUUCAGCCUUCAGCCGCCCGUUCUGCCGGGAGAUGAUGCUCACCCCAGCCGUCUAGGCAACACUGACUUUGGUCCUGGGUCUAGCGCAACCAAGUCUUAUGGUCCUGGAGCAGGGUCCAACCAGGCGACAAAGCACUGAUUUCUCACGUCAAUCAGUCUGGGCAUUGCUGUGCUGCCUCAGCUUGACGGUUUCGAUUGUAAGCGUAGCAAGGAGGAUGUAUUCUAGGUGAGAGCUCAUGUGCUAUUAGGCGAAGUGUUGCUGGUCAAAUACAGAAAGAUGGAGUAGAACAAUGUCCAAGUACGGCUUCGAGAAUGUUGGAAGCAUACGUCCAGAUGCUGCCAUUUUGUAACUUAGAACACUAACUGAGAUCACGUCUGAUGUAAAUUGCGGGUCGAAGGGUUGUACAAGGUUGUACGGUCGAACUUGGUGAUCUAAUGUCUCUUAAGCCGAACCAGAUUGCAACGAUUCGACAAGGGUUCUUGCACAUCUCCUCCAAGGCAGUCCAAAAAGUUUUCCAAGUACAGCCUUAUUGGGGGUGUUACAGGACUUGCCUGUUGAUGUGGCCCCAAGCCAUUUUCCAAGAUGGUCAUGCCAGCAAAGCACCUCAUUGAGCGUGCAUUUCACCCGACACUAUAACAUCGUCCACA